GUGCGGGGAUUCAGACACGCGCGGGGGGCUCCUCGUUUCUCUCUUUAAAUGAGGAAUCCGGUCAGUGUGAGAGAAUGAUCGCAGCGAUUCAUUUGUAAUAGCCACAGACGGACACACACGGAGACCUUAAUUCAUAGAUAUUUCUGCCAGAUAACAAAAUGGAUAGCUCAGACAAGGAGAACAGGUCAGAUGAAGAAUUUGAAUCACCCGAGGAAGAGGAGGUGGACCCGAGAAUUCAGGGAGAGCUUGAGAAGUUAAAUCAGUCUACAGACGACAUUAACAGAUGUGAAACCGAGCUUGAGGACGCCAGGCAGAAGUUUCGCUCCGUGCUGGUGGAAGCCACAUUAAAGCUGGACGAGCUGGUGAAGAAGAUUGGCAAAGCGGUGGAGGAAUCCAAACCAUACUGGGAGGCCCGGCGUGUGGCACGACAGACUCAGCUGGAAGCUCAGAGAUCCACACAAGACUUCCAGAGAGCCACGGAGGUGCUGCGGGCGGCCAAAGAGACCAUCGCUCUGGCUGAACAGAGGCUGCUGGAGGACGACAAGCGGCAGUUUGACUCGGCCUGGCAGGAGAUGCUGAACCACGCAACACAGCGGGUGAUGGAGGCUGAGCAAAUAAAAACACGCAGCGAGCUACUGCACAAGGAGACCGCCGCCAAUUACACCGCUGCCAUGAGCCGCAUGAAGCAGCAGGAGAAGAAGCUCAAACGCACCAUCAACAAGUCAAAGCCCUACUUUGAAAUGAAGGCGAAGUAUUACUUGCAGCUUGAGCAACUGAAGAAGAAUGUGGAUGACCUGCAGGCCAAGCUGACGCAAGCUAAAGGGGAAUAUAAGUCAGCUCUGAGGAAACUGGAGAUGAUCUCAGAUGAGAUCCACGAGCGCAGACGUUCUUUGGGCAUCGGUCCGCGAGAGAGAGGUGUGGGUGCAGAGGGCGAUGGUGUCAUCGGUGAAGACUUGUCUGGCUUUAAAAUGGAGUCUGAUGGAAUAUCAAUGGCUUCCGGGUCAUAUGAGGAUGAAAACUGCAGCACGAGUGCCAUGUCUGAGGAAGACUCUGAGACUCAGUCCAACAGCAGCUUCAGUUCAGGGCCCAACAGCCCUGUGGACCUACCCUGUCCUUUCUCCUCAUCCUCCUCUUCAUCCUCCACCUCCCCAACCCCGUCAUCUCGUCCCUGCAGUUUGGACCUGCCCAGCACCGUCUCCUUGUCUGACUUCAGUCUGAUGUCUCCAAUCCUCGGCCCACGCAGUGAAUGCAGCGGCGCCUCGUCCCCCGAGUGUGACUUGGAGAGAGGUGACCGAGCAGAAGGUGCGGAGGCUGUACUGGACAACGUUCUCAAUAACAACAGCAUCAGCAACGCCAAAACAACCUUCGGCCUGGACAGCCGUUUCCGUCUGCUGUCUCUAAAACUGAGCCGGAACGACAGCAGAAAAACUGUUGUUCGAGACCCCCUGGGUCUGGUUCAACACCCCUCGCCAGCCACAAUCCUGCUCGAUGGGAUGUGACCACAGACACUGAUGUAUUCAUCCACAGUCUGUGCUGUCGAGAGACUCUCCACCUCACUCGUGUGUCAUACAGCUCAUUUCUCUCACUGUCUACAAUGUUCCAGCAACUUUCAGACUGAAUUCACGAGUUAAAAAAGCAACCCUCGUGACAUGAUGUGCUGAAGAGACAAAUCUGCCAUUUUGGAGGAGCUCAGAGCUGACUUAAGCUUAAGAGGACAAGCAUCUCCAUAAAUGCUAGUAAUAGUGUCAUCCCCACGUGUUCUAGAAAGUAGGAAGACCCUUAAAAGGAAUAGUUCACCCAAAAUUGUUAAUUUACUCACUAUUUACUCUCUAACCAUUUAUGAGUUUCUUUCUUCUGAUGAAUACAAAAGAAGAUAUUUUAAAGAAAGCUGAAAACUUGUAACCACUGACUUCUAUGGUAGGAAAAUAAUACUGUGGAAGUUAAGGGUUACAGUUUUCCAGCUUCCCUCAAAAUAUCGUCUUUUGUGUUUAACAGAAGAACCUCAGUGAUUUGACACAUGAUGACUGUCCCUUUAAAGAUGUCUAUUAAGGAGCACUUGUGUUUUCACUGAUAAAACGCAUAAGUAGUUCAUUAUGUAGAUUUAAUCCACUGGCUGUCGUUGUAACUGUAUCGAGGAAAAUAUGCAGUCAUUUGUAAGGCAGUUACGACCGUUUUGAGUUACUGUAUAUCUAGGGCAUGAUCUUGUUUCGGCCUGACUCACUUGCUGCAUGUCCUUUCAUCUUCAAAAAAGGACUUGAAAUCUCCUGAUGAUUCACAUUUGUGACUCGUGACGCAUCUCUGGACACGUCAUUGACAUCAUUUGGAGACUUGCAGGAGCCAAGUAGAUCUAAACUGGUCACCUUCACCUUUCUCCAAAAGAGUGCAUGCCACCAUUUUCUCUUUCUGUGUAAAGAACAAUCAUAAUUUUCAGUAUGGAUAGAAAAAAUAGCAAUACAAAAAGCUGUGUUUACUGUACUCACACUAUUCUGAGAUGAGGGAGAAGGUGUAUUUUUGAUGGGUCUCGGUGGGAGAUGUGCUGCACUGAUGAAGAGGACAAUAACUGAAUGUUUCAUCCAGCAUCUGUGGUGCGGGAGCCACUGAUUCUGGGACAGAUGGCACAGCUUCAGGUCUGGUCAGAAGGCUGUUUAUAAUGUCUAAUGUGUGACCUUGUGUCUCGUCUGUUUUGCCUUCAUGAAUGUUCUUUUCUUGUUUGUUUUGUUGUUGGUUUGGUCUGAUUGAGAACAGAUUGUAAGAAAAGAAACCUUGUAGCAGUGUUUAAAUGCUUUAUGGUAUUUAGGUUUUGUUGUUAACUUGUGUAACUGUUUUCAAACUGAAUUAAAUAAGAAUAACCGAA